AUGAGCGAGCUUGAGGUUCUGAACCGUCUUUGUAAGGAACUGGGAGAAAGCAUAGAUCCAGUUGUCCGAGCGCGAGCAGAGCAAAAUCUUGCAGAGCUCGUGGAAUCGCCGCAAUGUCUACGAAGUUGCAUGCUUUUGCUGGAACAAGGCGAUUUACCCUACGGUCCUAUCGUGGCGAGCAACACGCUAAUGAAACUUCUCAAUUCGAAAACAGGGAUUCUUGUUGAGCAGAAAUUGGAACUCAGUCGCUACCUUCUAAAUCUUCUCGGUGCCCGAUCAGCUUCACUUCCUCCUUUCAUUGUGAACUCAUUAUGUCAGCUUUUCGCAAGAAUCACAAAACAGGAGUGGACUUACACAGAUAGUAGCGACCAGCAUCCAUUCCAUGCACCUGUGUCGGAUCUCAUCGCCAGCAUUGACAUGAACGGUGGCAAUCGUAGUAUGCUUGCCUUACAACUACUUUCUACAUUGCUGAUAGAUUUCAAUUCGCAAGCUGGUAUGGAGUCUGUGAAUAAACAUCGUAAAGGAAUCGCACUAUUCCGAGACUCGCACAUUUUCGAAAUCUUCGAAACAUCUGUUUCUCUGCUUGAUACUAUAUCUCAAAAGGAUAUUUCCAGCUUGCAGAUGCCAUUUGUUCUUGCUGUUUUGGACCUUUGCUUGAAUACACUGCUUUUCGAUUUCAUAGGAAGUCUCUCAGAUGAAACUAGUGAAGAUAAUUACACUGUACAAGUUCCGACCAUAUGGAGAACAGCAUUCACCGAUGGGAAGCUUGUUGAUCUCGUAUUUCAGCUUUAUCUCAAGCUACCUAGUGUCGCUUCUGAAAAGAUUUUGCACAUUGGAGUGCAGCUUGCAAGCGUUCGAAGAACACUUUUCAAUGGAAGCGAACGUCAAACUUACCUCGAACAUGUUGUAGCCGGUGUUAAAAAAGUCAUCGAGAAUCCUGACAAAUUGACAGAGCAGCCUGCAUUCCACGAAUUCUGUAGGAUGGUGUCACGACUGAAGACAAAUUUCCAACUUUGUGAACUGAUAAAGGUCCCAGAUUACGCUGCCCUUAUGCGGCUUUUGGCACAAUUUACUGUGGAAAGCUUGAGGAUGAUGGAUCUUUCGGCGAAUAGCACAUAUUUUUUGCUUACUUUUUGGCAAAGGAUGGUGACUUCGGUACCCUACGUGAGAAGCAGUGAAGAUCACUUGCUGAACUUAUAUUGUCCUGAAAUUAUGACGGCAUUUGUGGAAAGUCGAUUGCAAAAUGUAGAGCGAGUCGUAAAGGAUGGUCACGAUGAUCCACUGGAAGAUCAAGGCUCCACACUGCAAAUUAUGGAACAUUUGGCCAUCAUCUGCCGAUGCGAGUAUGAGAAAACUGCUCGUCUUCUAGCGAAUGCUUUUGAUGAGAAUGCUAGGAUACUAGAAGCGGGGCCGGAAGGGGAUCUUCGGGUUCGCGUCGCAGAGGGACGUCUUGUAUGGCUAGUCACCCUAAUUGGUACAGCUGUGUUCGGAAAGACUGCAGUCUCCAAUAACGAAGAACACGAUAAAAUGGACGGAGAUCUAGUGGCGAGAUGCUUAAAAUUCAUGCGAAUCAACGAUAAUAGAUUGAUUUUCCCCACCAGUGUCAACGCCAACCCGGGAAAGGGAAAUGUUCGUUUAGAGGUGGCUUUCAUCCAUCUUCUGGAGCAGUUUCGUCGUGCAUAUAUUAUGGACCAGAUCACUAAAUCGAGCCCCGUAUAUGAUAAGUUGAAUUCGGAACUAGGGGUGUCCGACGAAACUGACAUGCUGAGCGUGAUUGUGCAGAAAAUUCUCACCAAUCUGAAAUUUUGGGCCACUAAUGAGCAAAUCCUGGAAUUGUCUUUAUCACUGUUGAAAGAUCUCUCACUUGGUUACACUGCAGUUCGUAAACUAUUCCGUCUUCAAGAAGUACAGCUUCUUCUCAGCAAUCACACGGCAGAGCACUUUGUCUUCCUUGGACAGUCAGUACCAUAUUCAACGAUGAAACACCGAACUGUCUUUUAUGAGGCUCUUACUCGGCUUCUCACAAUUGACCUGAAUGAUGAUGAACAAUUAUUUGAUCAGUUUAUGCAACCGCUGGCUGUAACAAAGCGUGAACUUACUGCUAUAAUGACCACUCAGAAUUACAACGGAGGAGUCUCUCAGGAUGAGCUUCAGAGGGUUGUGGUUGGGCUUUGUCGUGACCUGCGAGGAGUAGCUGUUGCUUGUACUACGAAGAAUCUCUUUCAAAUUCUGUUCGAUUGGCUUUAUCCAGACGUUUUCAACAUCAUGCUGCGUGCGGUAGAAGAAUGGUCAUCUUAUCCACAGGUCAUGACGCCAAUAUUCCGAUUACUCGCGGAGUUAUGCCAAAAUCGACAGCAACGCUUGAAGUUUGAGAUGAGUAGCUGUAGCGCUGUCUUAUUAUUCAAAGAAGCUAGCAAAAUUAUCUGCUCUUAUGGAAAUCAAAUUCUAAUCAUGCCGGAUGUUCCAAAAGAACGUGCAUACGCGGAGCGAUAUAAAAAUAUUGGAAUCAUAUUUAAUGUGUUGAAAUGUGCUCUCAUUGGAGCUUAUGUUCCAUUCGGAGUGUUCCGAUUGUACGGGGACUCCUGCUUGCAAGACUCUCUUGAUAUGUUUGUUAAACUAUUCAUGAAGAUCCCAGAGGAAGACUUUCAUUCAUAUACGAAAAUUGCUCAACACUAUUACAAUCUCCUGGAGAAUGUCGUUCAAGACAACAUCGCUUUUGUGUCAAAUCUGCAACCAGAAGUAUUUGCAGCUAUUCUUCGUUCUAUCCAUACUGGCGUUACAUCUCUUGAUGCUGUGGUCAUAACAUCCGCUUGUUCCGCGUUGGAUACAAUUCUAAACUACCUCUACAAGAGGUUUACGAGGUCACCUCAUCCAGUAGCAAAGGUGGGUAUGGAACCCGAAGGCGAUUCUUGUCUUGUGGCCGUCAAAAACCAACCACAGUUAAUGUCGGAUAUUUUGACCUCAAUGAUGACUUCAUUAAUGUUUGGUGAGGUGAAAUGUCAAUGGAGCAUAUCACGACCGUUGCUUGGUUUGAUACUUCUACAGGAGGAAGUUUUUACCAACUUCAAGCGUGAAAUGAUUGCUCAGCAACCGGAAGAUAGGCAUGCGGCCUUUGAUCAGGCUUUUGUGGCACUUAUGGAUGGCGUUGAACUGUCCCUUACGGUCAAAAAUAAGGACAUAUUCACUCAAAAUUUGGCCAAAUUCCGACGCGACAUUGUCGAAGCAGUGAAGGGCAAAGAAGUGUCACCAUCUGCUAGUAAUAAUGACAUGUGCUAAGAGAUGACCUUCAGCAUCUUUCUAUGAACUAUGAGUAUCCUCAGGAUCAAGUUUUCCUCAUUUUGUUGGUAUAUUCCAUCGUUUUUAUGCAACUUUUAUAUCCCGUGCGGGUCCGCUUGUUUCUUCUCCGCUAAUGUGCAUCUCGCUGUGUUCUUAUACUUGUAUAUUCAGUGCAAGACUUCUUGUAACCUUCCCACAAUGCUUACACACUAUGCUUUUAGUCAGUUCUAGUGAAGUUAGGCUUUUUUUGCACUCAAACUUAAAGGCGUUAAUGUUCCAUUAUCUGCGAUUGUUGCCUACCGGUCAGUUAUCUCUGUAAGAUUACACUUUAACAUACACGUACUAAUAGAUAAUAAAAUUUGUUACUCCCCUCGAAGAGUGCAAAAUUUCCC